GCCUUUGAAAUUUCUGAGUUUGACGAAUUUGGUAUUUUGUUUGCAUUUCUAUUUUGGUGAUUGGAUAAACAUUGUCCACAAUCCCAAGAACCACUCUCCUACUUAAUAGCAUUUUGUCAGUCUUCUCUUCCUCUGUCUCUCUGUCCGUCUCUCUCUCUCUCUCUUCAGAAACCAGAACAAAAAGUUUGGAUCUUCAGGACAAGAAACAAAAAUGUCGAAGAAACCAGAAGCCUCAAAGAAAACAGAUGAUGUGUUCGUUGGGUCGAUUGACCAAGGAACCACCAGCACCAGAUUCAUAAUCUAUGAUCGUUCGGCGCGCCCAAUUGGCUCUCACCAGGUCGAGUUCACUCAGUUUUACCCUGAAGCAGGAUGGGUUGAGCAUGAUGCAAUGGAGAUACUGGAGAGUGUGAGAGUGUGCAUGGCUAAGGCGCUGGACAAAGCCACGGCUGAUGGGCACAACGUGGACAGUGGGCUGAAGGCUAUUGGGUUGACUAAUCAGAGAGAGACGACUCUGGUUUGGAGCAAAUCCACUGGCUGUCCUCUCUACAAUGCUAUUGUUUGGAUGGAUGUACGCACUAGCUCUAUUUGCAGAAAAUUGGAGAAAGAAUUAUCGGGGGGAAGAACUCAUUUUUUGGAAACAUGUGGGUUGCCCAUAAGCACCUACUUCAGUGCGUUGAAGUUGCUCUGGUUGCUGGAAAAUGUGGAUAAAGUGAAAGAGGCUGUGAAAUCAGGGGAUGCUCUCUUUGGAACUAUAGACACUUGGUUAAUCUGGAAUUUAACUGGUGGUGUCAAGGGAGGGAUACAUGUUACUGAUGUCUCAAAUGCAUCACGGACAAUGCUUAUGAACCUGAAGACCCUUGAGUGGGAUAAUCCUACAUUGAAAACCUUAGGAAUUCCAGCUGAAUUUCUUCCCAAAAUUGUCAGUAACUCUGAGAUUAUUGGAAAAAUUACCACGGGAUGGCCAAUUACUGGAGUCCCAAUUUCUGGAUGUCUUGGUGAUCAACAUGCAGCAAUGUUAGGGCAAGCUUGCAGGAGAGGAGAGGCCAAAAGCACAUAUGGGACGGGUGCUUUCAUACUUCUCAACACGGGUGAGGAGAUAAUUCGGUCAACGCAUGGGCUUCUAAGCACUGUGGCAUUCAAACUUGGCCCUAAAGCUCCUACAAACUAUGCCAUAGAGGGAUCAAUUGCUAUUGCUGGAGCUGCAGUUCAGUGGCUUAGAGACAGUCUUGGGAUUAUUAAGAGCGCAAAAGAGAUCGAGGAUUUGGCAUUACAGGUUGAGUCCACUGGUGGGGUUUAUUUUGUGCCUGCCUUUAAUGGAUUAUUUGCUCCGUGGUGGCGUGAUGAUGCUCGUGGGGUUUGCAUUGGUAUUACAAGGUUUACAAACAAGGCUCACAUUUGUAGAGCAGUGCUUGAGAGUAUGGCCUUCCAGGUGAAAGAUGUGUUGGAUUCAAUGCACAAAGAUGCUGGAGAGAAGGGAGAGGUUAAGAAUGAGAAGGGGGAGUUCCUGCUCAGAGUGGAUGGUGGUGCUACUGUUAAUACCCUUCUAAUGCAGAUUCAGGCGGAUCUGUUGGGGAGCCCAGUGCUAAGACCAGCUGACAUUGAGACAACAGCUCUUGGAGCAGCCUAUGCUGCUGGAUUAGCUGUUGGCAUUUGGACCGAAAAGGAGAUUUUUGCUGGUGAAGAAAGGGCUAAGGUUGCCACCACCUUCCAUCCAAAAUUAGAUGAAGGGUUGAGGAAGAAGAAGUUGGAUUCAUGGUUCAAGGCUAUUUCAAGAACUUUCGACUUAGCUGAUCUUUCACUUUGAUAUUUUCAUAGAAUAUACGGGAGCAAAAUAAUCGUUAACUCUGACUGUUGUUGGCACGAGGAUCAAAUCUUUGUUGGCACCAGCACGGAAGGACCAAAAGUUGGAAUGUCUUGCUCCUGACCUUCUGCACUGGUCAAUGCAUAGUUCAUCUAUUGAUAUGUUUCUGCAAGUCCCUAUUAGUUGGCGCUUUCGGCGAUUUGACUUGCUCAAUGCCAUCUGAUGCUUCCCACUAGUAUAGUAAUAAUGCCAUAGUUUGGCUUCAAAGAAAUAAUGUGAUAGUUGCUCAACUGAAGAUCUUGAUUGUUUGGUAUCAAAUUGGUGAACUGCUUUCAGUGUUUCCUAUUAAA